ACAUGCUCACCCAGAAAAUGAUGUAAUAAAGAUUAGAUUACGUAAUACCACGCCUUUAGGAUGGAUUGGCGGUGCAUAGGCAUUUCAUAUGCACCGCCAACUGAGCAAACUCCUAGGAAGACAUCUCACGGUGACAUACAUACCUCAUCGGCUUAUCCAUUCGACACUCCCAGCGAUAAUGCAAAGCCGCCAAAGUACCAAAGAUGGCAGUACAUUGUAGGAGUCAACCCCGAAGAUCAGGCUUAUUACUUACAUCUCCUGGAAGGCAGUGCCAAUACAGGUAAUGUAAUCAAUACCAAGCCGCUGUCCAUCGUGGAUAAGGAAGCGCCAUUACCUCGAUACUAUUCAGAAAGUAUUGAUGCUGACUAUCCCAAUGAAACUCUCAAAAAACGUACGGAGGCGUAUAAGCAGCCUACGCUGGAUCACAGUGUUACGCCGUCAUUGGACACUUGGCUCAAUUACAUCGCAGUGAAGUCCAGGGAGCUCGUCGCCAACUUCCAGCGCAACGCCUUGGGGUUGCCAGAGUCUCUGCUCGCACGCAUAUCGUACAAGCAGGAACUGGAAGUGGCAACUCAAAGUUGCGAGCUGUUGUCUAAGCUCAGUUACAUAGUACAAAAAACUUCUAGUGUCCAUUGGCGUGAUACCAAGACAAAUGCUGGGAUAGCUUACAUGUUUGUGAUAAUACUGUUUUAUAAGGGUGUUAUUAUACCGGAAUUUGACCACGUACUGGACACGGUAAAGUGGAUUAAGACGUGGUCCAAUGACUACCUACGUAUCAAUGAUAUUGAGCACAACUUGAGUGUUGAGGUCCAUAGAGCCGUGUCUUUGGAGCCCGUGUUUUGGGAAUACAUGACAGGCGUUCUUCUACAGUCUAAAAUGACUCACGCGAGAUUCCUCAAGGUUACGCAAUUCUUCUUAAAACAUCUCACCGAGUCUCUAGAUGAUACGAAUCGUGACACCGUUGAGAAUUCCAUUAUUAUUUUACUUACGGAAUGCAUUUUGCCACGGUUACUUCUAUCUGGGCAUUACGACAUAGCAGUUAACAUUAUACGCCAGUGGUUAGGGUACAAUAUCUUCGGUUCCAUUGGCCGCCCUCACUUUGGUAUCAUGUCGAGGCACUACCUGCUCUAUGAUUUACUCAGCGUAAAUAAGGAAUGCCCAGUGGACAGAGGGUUGUUACUAGAUUUGUGCGAGUUGGUGGAUGAAAUGCUAAUGACACGAGAAGGAAACACUGAAUUAGGCUACCUUGGCCCAUUGGACUAUUGUAAUGUAAAUCCCGUGGAUACUGUGCCAUUCAUACCUGUACCUCUUUCAAACAGUAAUAUUACCUCCUUGUUACUACGUAUAUUAGAUCUCCUUGGAUCCCAGUCUAUAGAUCGCUGCAGCAGUGAGUCGAAAUGGUACAAUUUCGUCAACGCCAUUGUUAUAAAGACGCAAUGUUCAUUGAAUUUACAAACUCUCUUGUUGCUUCACGUGUUUAUAGCACGUCCGAAGUCAAUGCUUAUAUCGCACUUGCUCAUGCUUGCUUGUGGUUCCAAGGAAGUGGCAAAGCUGUUGCUAGCACUUCAUGUUAACCGCGCAGACCUCUGGGCCACAUACUGCUUCAUGGGAUUGGAUACCGAUGAAGCCUAUAGGGAUUCCAUCGAAGUAUUCCCUUGUCAUUACCCACUGCUGGUUGCAUACACUACCUUCUGUUUAGAGCGUGGUAUACCAACAAAACAAGCCAUCGAGUAUAUAGUUGACUCCCUGGACAAGAAAGCCACGAAAAGUAGCGAGACUCUAGGUAGUAUUAUACCUUCGAAGGACUGCGCAUUGGUGUUGCUAUGGACGCUGAAUAAUGCAGAUUAUCUCACGAUGAGAGGAUACAUGAGACAAUGGAAGCUGAAAGUGAGUAAACUACGGGAGCAGGACCUGGUGCAUGUCUUAAAGGCUGUUUGUUUGAUGCCGGGGCUAAAAAUGGGCCACAAGAUGGCAGAGUACAUAAUUGGUCUUUAUAGCAAUAACGAGAAGCUCUGCACGAUAUAUGUUAAGUAUUGCAUAGGCAGGGCCAACCGGCCAGCUAUACGACGUAUGCUGUCCAGGGAAAUGGUGUUAUCACAACUAUCUAUGGCAACUAGGCAUAUUGAACAAAUAGUUAAUUACUCCCUAGGUGGAAGGGUAUAUACCGCUUCCGUAAGGCUCAUGCUGUUGUCACGCAUGGAUACAUGCCAGACGCCUGUGCAUCUUAUACUCCAUGAGCCCAUGCCCUUCCAAUUACCGCAUGUUAGAUUGCUGGUUUAUAUACUGGAGAACACUCCCCGCGGCUGCGACGCCCUGGAUCUAGUAGUUAAACAUGCUGGAUUUGCCAAAGUACUGUGGCUAAUCCUCUUCAAACAUCUCUUGGCAUCUAGCGAUAUCGUUAAGGAGGAUAUGGAAAUGCAUGGAAUUAACACAUGAAGCUAAUGUAUAAAGUGUGACCAUUGGGACAUAGAUGUACUAUAAAUACACUACCACGGG